UUAGGUGGGGGAGAUCUUACCAGGUAACCAGGACACCUACGGAGCCAUGAGCAUCAUGAAGUCCCUUCUCUUUGCUUUACCACUGCUGGUGCUCCUCCUGACGCCAGCUGUGGACAUGGCGACGGUGUCAUCCACAGCUUGCUGCCCCGACAACUUCACAACGCUGGAAGGACGGUGCAUUUUCAUCGCUACCGAUUACUUCUUUGCCCCGAGCAUGGUACCUGGUAAGAACUGGACCAGGGCACGUGAACUCUGCACUUCGAUGUUCGGAGAGGGUGACCUCUGGAAAGCCGACCUGCCCAUCAUUGACGUUCCAUUUCUGGCGGCGUUUUCUUCUCACAUUGUUCAAAACUUGCCAGGGAUGAAAGGAUAUAUUUACUGGGUCGGUUCAGAGAAGGUUAAUGGCCAGUGGAAGUGGAUUGACGGGACGCCCAUCAGCAACACGUCUUACCUGUGGCACAUCUCUCAUCCAGCAUCCGCCUUAUCUGACGUUCCCUCGGGGGCAUUCAAUCGCUUCUACAUGUAUGAGUACGAGUCGCCCUCGUGGGGGCCGUCUUACCUCUGCGAGGCCAAGAGGAGGUAAACAGCAGAGAGGAGUCUAUUCUAAUUCAACUACAAGCUAUGAUAGAUUCCUCACUACUGUUUGUUUUAAACUAAUUCAGCUCCAUCUAUCUAUCAUAGAUUGUAGUUGAAUAAUUUUAAACAAACAGUAGAGAAGAGUCUAUCAUAGUUUGGAGUUGCAUUAGUUUUAAACAAACAGUGGAGAGGAGUCUAUCAUAGAUUGUAUUUGAAUUAGUUUUAAACAAACAGUGGAGAAGUCUAUCAUAGUUUGGAGUUGAAUUAGUUUUAAACAAACAGUAGAGAAGAGUCUAUCAUAGUUUGGAGUUGAAUUAGUUUUAAACAAACAGUGGAGAGGAGUCUAUCAUAGUUUGGAGUUGAAUUUGUUUAAAGACAGAUACUUUUUGAUGUGGAUAACUGUUGGUGGUAUUUAAAUCAAAUAAAUCAAAUAAAUCAAAUAUCCAUUGCUUUUUUUCUUAUCACUCUGUAAGACAAAUUUUGAUUUGAUGAUUCUUUAUGGAGUGUUUUUUUUGUAAAACAAAUUAUUAACAAAUUGUUACAAAUGCAUGAUUUUAUUUAAAACUGCUAAAAACUAAAAACAUUAUUCAGUAUACCAGAUUUUAUCAGUAGUCCAUUAAAAAGACUACAUAUGCUGACGAACAUAAUGUGUAUUUGCAUAAAAGAAACAUACAGCAUUCUGAAAAACUAACCUGAAGAUAUUGUAUGAAUGAAAUAAAUUCUGUCCAAAUGCUGAA